AUGCCUUCAUCCACAAGAGACAGUGCCAUUCCAGGAGGUGUGUGGUGUCCUGUGGUGUCCUUGUACAGAAACACGCCUCGUCAAGAGGUUGAUCUCGACGCAUCACGCAAAUACUUUGCUUUCUUGAUACGAGGAGGCGUUAGUGGUCUCGUACUCCAGGGCUCUACAGCAGAAGCCGCACUCUUGUCGUCAUCAGAACGCAUAGAUCUUAUCAAGACUGCGCGACAAGCAGCGGCAGAUGUCGGCAAGCCCGACUUCCCGUUGAUGGUCGGCAUCAGUGGUCAAUCUACGAAUGAGACCCUGCAGUUGGUCGACGAUGCGGCCAAGAAUGGAGCAGACUUCGGCCUGUUGCUCCCGCCCUCAUAUUGGCCCAAAGCUGUCACCAAUGAUGUGAUGGUCGAAUUCUACGAGGAAGUGGCGGACAACAGCCAGAUUCCGAUUGUGGUUUACAACUUUCCUGGUGUGACCAGCGGUAUCGACCUGGGCGUGGACGUGCUUUCGAAGCUGGCCAAACAUUCGAACAUUGUCGGAGUCAAACUUACAUGUGCCAAUGCCGGCAAAGUAGCCACCCUGACUGCACAAUACACACCAGAUCAGUUUGCAGUAUUUUCCGGUCAAUCAGACUGGCUACUCCCAUGUCUUGUUAGUGGCGGUAUGGGCUGCGUCACGGGAAUCGGUAACGUCUUUCCCAGAUCAGUGGUCAAGUUGUAUUCGUUGUGGCAGGAGGGCAAGCUGGAUGAAGCUCGACAGCUGCAAGGCCAGGUUGCACAAGCUGAAUCGGCUUGCAAGAAGGGUCUCGCGGCGACCAAAUUCGGAACCGCGUACUUUGCCGGUCCUGCCGCAGGACUCGAAGACCAGAGUUUGUUCCUCCCGCGAAAGCCGUACAAGCUAGCAUCGAAAGAUUUGCAAGCGUCGACAAUCCUCACCAUGCAGAUUUUGGCGAAGUUGGAGUCUUCUUUGAUGUGA